AUCUAUUGAAUAAAUGAAUGAACUGAACUGAACUGAACUGAAAGUUGGGGUUAAGUUAUUUACUGUAUUGUAUAAAAUUAAAAGACAAAUAAGGAAAAUUUAACAGGAAGCAGUGUGAAAUUAAUAUAUUUAAAAUGACGUCAUUUCUAAAAACGAUUAGCAGUUUCCAACUUUUUCAUAAAUGCUUAAAACAAAGUACCGAUAUGAUGUUUAUCCCAAGUCGAAGUAAACGAAUUGGGAUACCUAAAUACCGUCAUCCAGAAUGGCUGCCAAAACCACAACGUGUGCGAUAUGAGGAGCAGCUAACAGAGGAUAAUAAAGAGUUUCUUCAAGAAGUCAUUCAAGAUAAAUAUGGUCUACCUCAUGCAGAUCUUGGGAUGAAUCUUUCCCCUUUGAAAUUAGAUCCAAUAGAACCAAUUACAAAAUGGAAGCCUGGUCUGAAACGCACUGGUCUGAUUGCCAAAAAAAUAGGAGUUUACCCAUUAUGGCUAAAGGAUGGAACAAAAGUUUAUUCGACAUUACUUCAGGUGGUCGAUAAUGAAGUAGUAAAAUAUAUACCACCCGAAGAAUUUUACCCUGUAAUAGGUAAAAAGCCAAUACAGAUCAAACGUAGACUCGGAUGUCUUGUAGUAGGCGCAGGAAAUAUAAACCCACAAUUAGUCACUAAAGAAUAUAGUGGUAUAUUCAAGGAUUCAGGAGUUAUGCCAAAGCUUGUACUGAGAAGAUUUAUAAUAUCCCCAGAAGCAGCAUUACAACCAGGGACUCCUUUAUUUGCUACACAUUUUAAGCCAGGAGAAGUUGUGGAUAUUCGUGGGAAGACGAUAGAUCGUGGAUUCCAAGGGGUUAUGAAAAGAUGGGGCUUUAAAGGGAUGCCUGCCACUCAUGGUGUAACCAAAACUCAUCGAAGGCCUGGAAAUAUUGGGUCAGGUGGCCAAAAGGCCCGUGUUAUGCCUGGCACUAAGAUGCCUGGACAUAUGGGUAAUAGAUGGCGCAUUCUAAAAGGUGUAGAGAUCCUACGGAUUAAUACAAAGUAUAAUGUAUUGUGGGUCAAAGGACAUAAUAUACCAGGUGAAACCAACAAUUAUUGUUAUAUCUAUGAUACGAUACUUCCUCUGAAAAAAUCCAAAACGGCACCCUAUUUUCCCACAUAUUUACCAAAUAUGGACAAGGAAUUGUUUCCAGAGGAACUAUAUGCAGAUAAAGUACAUGCAUUCAUGGAUCCCUCAUUAGAAAUAAAAAAAAAAUCUUAAUUGUCUUUAUAUAUU